CAUUUCGCCGUUUUACACACAUUCAGAUCAAUGAGAGAGAGAGAGAGAGAGAGAGAGAGAGAGACUGACUGUCGCUUCCAGGAAGGAUUAUUAACCAACGCGCUGCCGAAAUGUGAAGGGAAAACACACGCAGACAAAAGAAGUUUUCGCACGAUGGAGCCGGCUAGCAGCUGAAACACAAAAACAGGCUACAUGAACAAAACAACUUCUUCCAUCGCGGUGAGGCUGCCUCUUCUUCUUCUGCUGCUGGUGCGCAGGCUGCCGUAGGGGAUAAAAGACGUGAAGAAGACGGAAAAGUGGCAGCAGAAGUAAUGUCCGAAUCCUCCUCCGCUGCGAUCAAGGAAAUUCUUGGUGCAUGCAGCUGGUCUGGAGGUCUCAGAGUGGUGACAGCACACUGACAUGGAGAAAACUAGGAUUCAUUUCCUUAACAAGCAUAAGCUGGAGAGGCGCUCUUUCCAGUCCUUCCGCGAACCCGCUGCCAAACUCCACUUCCCCCGUCCAUGCUCCUGCCGCGAGGCCAGCUAGCCGAAUGGAAGACGAGCCUGCCAGGCUGCCUGCGCACCUGCGGCUGCAGCCGGUGUUUUGGAGCCGGGAGGACGUGGCCCAGUGGCUGCGGUGGGCCGAGAAGGAAUACGCCUUGCGGCCGAUAACCAGCAGCUCCUUCCAGAUGAACGGCAAAGCCCUGCUGCUCCUCACCAAGGAGGACUUCCGCUACCGCUCCCCGCACUCUGGGGACGUCCUGUAUGAGCUGCUGCAGCAAAUCCUAAAGCAGAGGAAGCCCCACAUGUUUUACCCAUCAGCCUACUUCCCUGGAAACUCCUUCUACUCGCUGCCCGACGGCAGCCUGCACCAUCUCAAACUCGAAGAAACGGUACGACGAACACCACGUGGGGCAGAGCCACUCCCCCAGCAUCCCCCAACCAUUGAGCUGCGGCACCGCUCCCGCUCCCCGCACCACCCGGCCCCCCGGCGAACCCCACCAGAGUCAAACCACCCGCGCGCCGCCAGCGACGACUCCUUGCAGAACUUCUCCCAGCUGCCUGACAGCAACCACCUCAUGUCCGAGGACAUGUAUUCUCUAUCGGUGUCCCCCGCCGCCCCGAACGGUCGCUGCUCGACACCGCGAGACAUCCCCUGUCCAGGAAGCCCAGGGAGCCAGGAGGCGGGCCCUCCUCGCGUCAUCCAGCUCAUGCCCAGUCCCAUCAUGAACCCCCUGCUCCUAAGCCCCAAUAGGAGCAGCGGGGGAGCAACCGUGGACUUCAGGCACAGCCGCGGUGGAACCCCUUCUCAGGCAACACUCGAAAAUGGGCGCGAGGUGAAAGUCCAUCCCCACCAUCAGCUACCACUGGCCCAGCAGCAGCAUCAGCAUCUGCAGCAGCAGCAGCAGCAGCAUCAGCAGCACGUCCUCCAACAGGAGGACUCAAUGUAUAGGAAUCACGUCAUUAUGCCCGUGUCUCCUCCAGAAGAGCAGACGACACCCAUUGGACGGAUAGCAGACUGCAGACUGCUGUGGGACUACGUCUACCAGCUCCUCUCAGACAGCCGGUACGAGAACUACAUCCGCUGGGAGGAUCCAGAGAGCAAAACCUUUCGCAUCACGGACCCCAACGGCCUGGCCAGGCUCUGGGGCAAUCACAAGAACAGAACCAAUAUGACGUACGAGAAGAUGUCACGAGCACUGAGACACUACUACAAACUGAACAUUAUCAGGAAAGAGCCGGGACAAAGACUCCUGUUCAGGUUCAUGAAAACCCCCGACGAGAUCAUGAACGGACAGACGGAGCGGCUGGAGCACCUGGAGUCCGACACAGACGACCAAAUCUACAUCAAAGAGGAAUGCAGCCUCAACAAUCACUGUUGAACCGGGAGCGCAUGGACAUCCAGUCAUUCACGCCAGAGACUACUUUCCAGUUCUUGCAUAACUUUUGAUUUUCCUGAAGAAAGAAAAAAAAUCUAAUGGACAGAGCUUAAAAAAAAGACUCUGAGGUGAUAAAAUGUUCCCUCUCUUUUAUAUUUCUGAAUGAACAGCAAAAGCAAGCCAAUCACGUUGUGCUUUCGCCACUUUUUGGUCUCACGUGCAUUAUAAUGUAAUUUCUUUGUUUGUAAAAUGAUGAUGGAUAGUGUGUGUGUGUGUGUGUGUGUGUGUGCGCGCAUGUUUGAGACAAAUGUUUGGAGCAUUAAAUAAAGAAGAGAUUUUGAUCAAACUACA